GUGCGGUUGAAACACAACCGACUGGUUGUUUACGAUUGCUUGAUUGGUCGAUCAGUCAGGUAGUUUAUUGCUUGAUUGAUCGAUCAGUUUUUAUUUUUAUUUUUUAAAUAGGUAAUUUGAUUGGUCCAUUGGUUGGUUUACUGAUUAAACCAAUCAGCCGAUUCGUGUUUACUGAUACCUGCCAUGGCAGAAAUGGGCAACAAGCUCUCCAGUUUGCGAAGGCUGAUGGAAUCACAAAGUGGAGGUGCUCUUCAAGCGUACGUAGUACCUUCCGAAGACGCCCAUCAGAGUGAAUAUGUUGCGGCUAGAGAUGAGAGGAGGGCUUUCAUCACAGGGUUCACUGGUUCUGCAGGCGUUGCUGUUGUCACAGCCACAGAGGCACUUAUGUGGACUGAUGGACGGUACUUCCUGCAGGCUGAGAAACAGUUCGUGGGAACUGAGUGGAAACUCAUGAGGACCGGUGAGGACCCUGCUUUGGAAAGGUGGAUGGCGGAUAAUCUCCCACCGAAGUCGAGGGUUGGCUUUGAUCCUUCCUGUGUUUCAAUCGACACAGUCAACAUCUGGAGCCGAGCGCUCGAGAAGGCAGGGCAUAAGACUGUGGCAGUGUCACAGAACUUGAUUGAUCUGCUGUGGAAAGACAGGCCUGCGCCAAAGAUAACGAAGGUGGUGGAACAUCCCAUUGAGUUUACAGGGAAGUCCACCAAAGAUAAGCUGAAAGACCUGAGACUGGAACUUCGUGAAAAAAGAGCGUUUGCAAUUGUUGUCACAGGUCUGGAUGAGGCGAAUAGUGUUCAGAUAGUUGGUUACAAUUCGAUUCUUGAUGAUGUAAGGAGAAUUUCAGCAAAGAUAAUGGGCUCUCAUGGUCAAGAAGGUUUGUUGAGAAAAUCGGAGAGCGCUGUGAGCGAAAGCAGUGGCAAGGAGGACACAUCACUGGAUGCUAGGGACAGCAUUGAAUCUCACGAGUUGAAGGAAACUUCUGGAAGCUCUGUUGCCCUUACAAGUGAGGGAAGGGAGUUGCGAUCUCAACGCAACAGUGUUGGGGACAUAGACAAGACUGAGGAUACGGGGACUCCGGACAAUAGGGCAUGGAAGGAGGGUCGUGAAACCGCCACCCCAGCCGACAGCACUGAACUGUCUGACAGCUUAGGCGGCCUUCCUACAUCAAGAGAUGCAACAGCUGGAGCAAGCGACAGUGGGAGUGAUGUUGACGUCACACAGUCUGUAAUUGGAGAGGCGGGAGAGGAGAAAAUGAAGCUAUGGCUCGAUCCUGCAGCCUGCAACUAUGCGAUUUUCUGUGCAGCGGCCUUGCCAACAGAGAGACUACUGCAGAAGGCAUCACCCAUAGCCUUGGCGAAGGCCUUGAAGCAACCAGCUGAGCUAGAUGGCAUGCGGAACUCGCAUAUACGGGAUGCAGUGGCACUUGUUCGAUAUUUUGCAUGGCUUGAUGAACAGAUGCAAGCGCGUUACGGAGUUGGAGGUUAUUUCUCGGAGUCGCCGAAGGAUAUCUCAACCGCAACGGAGCCAGGACAGCCUGACGAGUUCACCGAAGUCACAGUUGCUGACAAGUUGGAGGAGUUUCGGAGGCCGCAUUUGAUCAGCUUUCGCUCACCGCCGAGGAACGUACCUUUGAUGGCGGACAUGACUGUGACUAUUGAGCCUGGAUACUACGAGGAGGGGUGCUUUGGCAUUCGAAUAGAGAAUGUGACGAUCAUAAAGGAAGUCAUUUGUGAGCACAAUUUUGGCAACAAGGGCUUUCUCGGGUUUGAACCCAUUACCUGGGUACCCAUUCAGACCAAACUGAUGGACCUCUCUCUGAUGUCAGAGGCAGAGAUGAACUGGGUGGAUGAAUACCAUGCACAGUGUCGGUCAAAGCUAGAAAAGUUGGUUCCAGAGGAGGUCGGAGACUGGUUGAGAAAGGCGACCGAGCCUUUGCAGCGGCCGCCGUGCAACAAGUAGUAUUUGUCACGUGUCCUCGACUUUCAUUUGUUGUUGGAAGUCUCUCGCUGGCUCGUCGUCAUGCUCUUUAAACGUCGAAGUGGCGGCCGCUUCUCCAACCAACUGCCACUUCAUGGCGUUGUCUCAUCAGCAAGGAGAUUUGCUGAAGCAAUAACAGAAGCAGCGGGCCCCUCUAGCGCAAUCCGAACUUCUGUCCCUGGCGGAAAACACCAGAUGAGUCCUCUCCUUCCUCUGCCUUUGUGUAAAAAAAACUCGUACGCCUCAGGCCCCUCUACCGAUUUAAAGAGGAACAGGAAAUUGUUACUUAGCUCAUGUAGAAAGCAGGGAGGAGAGGACAGCUCUGCUUGUACUUGUGUUAAAAAAAACUCCUACGCCUCAGGCCCCUCUACGUUUCCGGCGGUUUCCCGCUCCCCAUUAUCGCAGUGAUGGUGGGGGGAGAGAAGAUUCAUUCCCCGACAGCAUCGACAUUCGCGUAGACGGAAAUGGCGUUAGCCUCGACCCUGCAUCGUGAACAAAAGAAAAAUGAUGUUCCUUCCCAUCCUGCAGGGAGGACAUGGCAUUCGCCACGAUUUGUGGGAAGCCGACAGGGCACACUUCGCCACUCGCUAUUUGUGACUUUCCCUUCGCUUUCCCUUCACUUUCCGCCUUGCCAGAUAUACGAUCAGACUCAUCAGAGUGAUGUUUAACAAGGCAACUAUUUCUUAACUGCACAGGAAGGAAGAGUUGAAGGAGCUUAAAAGGAGCUAAGAAAGAGUUCAAGGAGCUGAUUCUGCCGGAUCACAUGGAGGGGGAAAUAACUUCAAAUAAGUUGGAGUAACUCUUCCUUGUUCUCACAAUGAAGAGAAGACUACGACUUUCCCGCCUUGCAGGCAGGGAGGGAGGACAUGCGGGGAGGUGGUUGGGUGAAGUAUGCACGAACGAGACACACGGGUAGUUUGACUGCAGAGAGGAGGGGGGGGAGGGGAAGUAGGAGGUGGGUCCAUAAGACUUGGUCGUGUCGGUGCCGAAGGAAGUCGUCCGAGGCUUUGAGAUCAACCGGCAGUUGUCGGUGCAGGGAUCGUUCUCGUUAAAAAAUAACUGCGUGGAGUAACUGUUGCAAUGAACAGAGAUGGCCGUUUAUCAUUCUCUGUUCGAUGAAAGGAACUGCGUGCCGAUGAAUGAUGUUGCAAUGAACGCCCUCUUGUUGU